AUGUCGUUCACGAUACCCCACCCGCCGUCGGCAUCGUCCGACUCGGGCUCUUCCGCAUCGCUGACUCCAACCGCUGCCAACGGCUACACCAGCAAUACAGGCUUCUCAGAUCCAUCCUCUUCGACUUCCGCAUCGGCAGCUCCAGUUUCAAGCUCGCUCUUUAGCUCGGAAGAGUCCAAAUUCAUCACCGACUCGUUAUCCUCGGCUGAAUCGUUCGACCCGUUCACCAUCGGAGCUCCCGGCUUCAAGGUGCCUUCCCUACUACCGCCCAACAUCGCUGCUACGCAUGACCACCUCACAUCACAAGCAUCCGCUGCACCCUCGGCGGUGGCUGGAGUCGCAUCGUCCGAUUCCGGUCCUGGUCCCGACUUGCGAUUGAGGAGCCUGUCCGGUCAACAAUCAUAUCCUCUCGGGUACAGCACAUCCUCGCCAGGACAGCAGGGCACGGAUGCGUAUGGCAACGCAGCAGCAGCACACAGGCUCAACAGUUUCAACUUGUAUGGCCACCGAACCGGCGCUACGCCGCCUGCAGGUCUGAGCAACUCUUCGAGUCCCUCCUACUUCAGUCAUCUGCACGACGGCUUUCCGUAUGGUUCCGGGCGGCACGCCUCCUUCUCCGGUGCUUCGAACCUGCCAUUAUCGCCGGGAGCGGCCGCCGGGUAUGGCAAGAACAAGGCCUGGCAGAUGGAGCAGCUGUCCUUCCUCGAGGCUCAGGCGAAUCGUGGUCAGCAACAGCAAACGCAGCAACCGCCAUUCGGAUCGGCGCUACCACAACAUAUCGGCGUCCAGAACGAUCAUCACCGUCGAUCGAGCACCUCGGUAAUCGGUCGUCCGUCGCCUUACGAAAACCUGUUUUUUGGCACACCAGCACAUCUUCAGCAACAACAACAGCAGCAGCAGCAAGCACAGCUCAUGGAGCAGCAACAGCAUCGCCCGCCCUUCUAUCCGGGUAUGGAGGAACAUCAAGCGGGCCUGGCCAUGCUUGGGGCGCAGUUCCCGAGCAGUCAUAACUUUGGCUCGUUACAGCAUCAGCAUCAGCAGCAGCAGCAGCAGCAAGGCUCGAUGCAGGCGCAGCACCAGCAGCUACCGCAGCAACAGGCGAUGAGGGGUGCAAAUGGUCUACCGGGUGCAUUUUCAGCUCAAGCUUUGGCCAUGUUGAAUGGCGAUGCUGGUCUGGGAGCUAUUUCGUCCAUAGUGGCAUCCGAGCCUGAUGCUGCUGGUGUUUCGACACCGAAAGGUCGAACGUCGCGCACUCCAACUGCCAACGAGCCGGGAUCAGCGAAAGCUGGUAGGAGUGCAGCGGCGUUUUCAGCAGCAGCCGCAUCUGCGUCUCCCUCCGGAUCCGCCGCGGGUACGAAACGUAUGUCCACCGGUGCACCAAAGACCGCACCCACGCAAGGCUCUUCUCUCAACACCGGACCGUCCGGUGCUGUCAUCCGCGCCCUCGGCGACCUUGCCAAUCUCGACCUCGACCUCGAAGGCGCACUGCGAGCCCUCCCUGCGCAUCUUCACCCAUACUUUACCCCAUCGCAGAUGGAGAAACGCACGCAGCCACACCUGGAAAUGCUUCGUGAACAGCACAUUUCCGACGGACUCAUCGAUCCCAUCACCGGGUUGGAAAUCAGACCCGAACCUACGGAAGAAAGUCUCAAACGCGACGCCGAGGAAGCCGAACGGGAGAAGAAACAGCACACCUUGCUGACGACCGAGGAGAAGAAGGCGAACCACAUCGCCUCGGAGCAGAAGCGAAGGGCCAACAUCCGCAAAGGCUACGAGCUGCUGUGCGAUAUCGUGCCGAGUCUGAGAGAGGCCCUGGAGCGAGAAGCUACGAGUAAGAAGAGGGACAGCGACGACGAGAGCGACGACGAGGACAAGGGAAAGAAGAAGAAGCCCGGUGUCGGCAAGAAGGCGGAUGAAAGCGGAGGAGGUGGGGGGAUCGAGAUCGAUGGCGAAAAGAUCGAUGGUAGAGCAGGCCCGAGGAGCGAAGCGGUGGUGUUGAUGAAGAGCUUGGAUCACAUCGGCGCGUUGGUGGAGCAGUACAGGGGGUUGUUGGGGCGGAGGAACCGAGCGAGGGUGGCGGUGGCGAAGAAGAUGGGCUGGGAUGGGCUGGCGAAUCAGCCGGUGGGGGAUGUGGAUAGGUUGUUGGCGAUCAAAGUUCAGGAUUGGUGGGCUACUCAUGUUGAUGGUGAAGAGGAGGGGGAGGGGGAAGAUAGAUUUGGGGUUGGGCAAGGGGAGGCUGAGGAGGAUGAGGGGGUGGGUGCAGAGAUGGAUGAAGAAGUUGCGGAUGCGGAGGAGGUGAAGGGAAAGAAAAAGACAAAGGCGAAGAAACCUGCCCAGGGAAAGAAGAAGAAGGCGGGCAAGAACGAGGAGGACGACGGAAUGCACGAUUGA